AACUGGUAGUAAAUAAGCUUUUAUUUAUUUACGCUUUCGCCGAAGUUUCGCGUGCGUUUAUGCUUAAUAUAGCACUUAAAGGGCACGUACAAUUUCCAACUCUCCGUUCCUGAACAAAUAAAAAUUAAGUCAGCAAUAAUUAUUUAUAGAUUAUUGUAACAUCUGUAAGAUUGUUCCUCCUUGAACAUUAUUUCGAUUACCCUAGGUAAAGAGUCUACGCAAAAUCGCGCGAUUAUACCUCACGUGACAUCGUUUGAAAAAGAAGCCUUUCUCUUUCUCUCCUAGGAGAGUUAAAGAGAAUCGAAGACCUUUUAUCUCUUCACGUGUGUGAAAGUGUGUAUAUUUAAGCAGAAACGAUUAGAAAUUUAUCAAAGAAUCUGGGUAUUCCGCAUUUUUGUUAUAGCUCUACCAAAUGUUCCGUUGUGGUGUAUCGAUAUUUUCAGCGUUUUUGAUUACGCUGUUUCUAAGUUUUCCAUCAUCUGAUUUUGCCUAUAAGUUGCAGAAAAGGCAAGUUAUAAAGCACAGUCCUGUGAUACUAGUUCCUGGUGAUGGAGGAAGUCAGAUGGAAGCCAAAUUGGAUAAGCCAGAGACAGUACAUUAUUUUUGCAAUAAAAAGACAGAUACUUUUUUUAAUUUGUGGUUGAAUCUUGAACUUCUGGUUCCUUAUGUUGUAGAUUGUUGGGUUGAUAAUAUGAGAUUGGUAUAUGAUAAUGAAACAAGAACAACUUCAAAUGCUCCUGGAGUUACUAUUCGAGUCCCUGGUUUUGGAAACACAACUAGUGUGGAUUGGUUGGACCCUAGUCAAAUUUCACCUAGAUAUUCUCUUUUAGGUUCAUAUUUUAUAAAUAUUAUUCAAUUACUAGUCACUGAAGGUUAUAGAAGUGGUAUUGAUGUAAGAGGUGCACCGUAUGAUUUUAGAAAAGGACCAAAUGAAUUAUCUGAAUAUUUUAAUUCUGUGAAGAAUUUGACUGAAGAAACCUAUGAACUGAAUCAGCAAACUAAAAUAACUUUUGUUUGUCAUAGUAUGGGUUGUCCUCUAAUGAGUUAUUUUUUCAAUCAACAAUCACAAGCUUGGAAGGAUAAGUAUGUCAAAGCUUUGGUUUCAUUAGCAGGUGCUUGGGGUGGUGCAGUAAAAGCCAUGAAAACAUUUGCAGCAGGUGAAAACCUUGGUGUUUUUGUAAUAAGUCAAAUCAAUGUACGAAAAGAACAGCGUACUUCUCCUAGUCUUGCAUAUAUGAUGCCAUCUGAUAUGUUUUGGGCACCAGAUGAAAUACUUGUGACUACAGAUAAGAAGAAUUAUACUAUUCGAGAUUUCUAUGAUUUUUUUCAAGAUAUUGAUUUUCCAGUUGGCUAUGAAAUGGUGAAGGAUACAUAUCCGUUUGCUCAUAUUGGGUUAAAUCCCCCUGGAGUAGAGAUACAUUGCUUAUAUGGAGCUAAUGUUACAAACACUAUUGAUAGGCUUGAUUAUCGUGGCACAUCUCAUUUCCCGGAUAAUCCAAAAUUAAUCACAGGUGAUGGGGAUGGUACAGUGAAUAUUCGAAGUUUGGAAGCCUGCAAACGAUGGUCUGGGAAGCAGCAACAGAAAGUCUAUUCACAGCCACUUCCAAAUGUUGACCAUAUGGGUGUUUUAGCAGAUCAAGCUGUAUUACAAUACAUAAAAAAAGUUGUUAACAUGUGGUAACAUGUUGUUUUUAAGUUUUAUUUUGUUUUUGUUUUGUCGUAUACAUUUCACAUGAAACUGUUUCAUCUUAUUUGUGCCUUGUCAUCAUCAUAUGUAUUUAAUACAUUAUUAUUAAAAAAAAAUUCUUACUAAAACACACACACACACAAAAAGUGCCAUUUCUUAAACUGACAUCAUGAAAGUACAAUAUUUAUUAGAAUUAGACAGUUUGUUAAUUAUUGCUAUUUGAGAGGCUAUUUUGUGAAAAAUAAGAAUUGGCUUCUUAUUAAAAAUAAAUCAUAUCAACUGCAGCAUAUUUUAAAAUGAUUUUUCAUGAUACACUGAAAUGCUAGCAAAUGUGAAGGCUCUUUAUUGUUAUUUUUCACACAUUUAAAUAAAUUCAAAUUUUAAAGUCAAAAUAGUAAAUGUGGAUAAAAAUAUUCACUUUUAAAGGUCUUAUUUGUAAAUUAUUGGAUUAUGUGAUAUAUAUUUUAACAUUUAAACUUCAUUAUUAAUAUUUUUUUACUAUACGACAGAAUUUGUUUGUUCAGAAUGUUUUUUAUAUGCAUGCCAAUAAAUUAAUUUAUUGUUAAUGUAUUUUUGGAAUUUUAUUUGGUUCUAAAAGUUAAUUU